AUGGACGCACAUCUAAAUCUCAUCUUCCGGACCCCUGGAUUAACGCUCUGGUGCGAGAGGGUCGAUAGGCGGCCUUCAUUCGACCUUGACAGGGUAUAUUUGCCGGAUCAGUCUUCAUCAGCCGAAGGGCAAGGGAAGAACCUCAAAAGCUCGAAGCAUGGCACUCCCGAUUCGAUGGACCACGUCACGAAACGCUUUGAUGAGACCACAAACCGACUAUUCCGAGACAAGAAGGAGCUACAAUUCGUUCCAUUCGGCUCUCCGCUUGACAAAGAUCUCUCAGCCGGCAUCCAUGGAGGCCAGCUGAAACUCGAUGUCGCGGAGGUGGCAGAGUUCUUCGAGCCUUCUAUACAGGCGGCCGGCGGCAAUCACGUCAAUCAAAGCCCCGGCCUUAAUGAUCGCCUUUUCGUAGUCCGUCUGGAACGCCUCGCUCCACUGAAGAUUACUGUGAACAGAACUGACAGCCCGACCUCAAAAGCUGCGGCCGAUGGCGCACUUGGCUUCUGCUGCGAUCACCAUGUUUCGGCCCGGAUGUCGAGAUUUGUGUACGGGGUGAAGGGUGAAGUACUUGCAGAUCGACUUUGCGAGCUCCCUUCUGGUCCUCGGCUACUGCCCGGUGCAUUUGAUUGUAUCCUCGCUCGAUGUGUGAAGGUUAAAGAAUCCACGGUGUUUUUGCGGAAGUGCAUGGCUUCAGCCCGGGACGACUCUAUCAAAGUCCAAGAGCGUACCCGGGCAAGCAUAGUCACAACCCAGUCAUCUACUUCCGAGGCAGCCACCCCCUCGCCUCCGACCCCAAUGGCCACUGAGCGUGGCGUGAGGAGCAAUACAACGUCCAUUUCUCAUCAUGCGCCACCAACACCCACGGCUAAUCGAAGCAUCCGGGAGGUCGAGCGAGAACAGACCAUUUCUAGCGCAUCCAAGGUCUCUGUCUCGGCUAUUUCUCAACACGUCCAUACAGCCACUUCCCAACAUACACUCCCAGCUGCUUUCCACCCUCCCCCUGCAGCUGCCUCCCAGCCUGCACCUCUUGUUACCGUCGAAACCCGUGGACGGGAAGCUGAACCUGCUGCUAAAGGAAAGACCCACAAGACCACCGUACCUCCUUCCCCGAUUGACCCAGCGGACACCACCGUGGGCAAGAGUCCAGGCCGGCUAGCAGAAGCCCUUAUAUCGGUAUGGGGCUCUACCUCCAAGGCGAAUACGCCUGGAGCCUUGCCGCUCCUUCAAACAUCCUGAUUUCUCGAGCCAACAACGUUGAAGACUGAAGCUCCCC